AUAUCUAUUAUUCAAACACGCGUACACACAUAAAUAUAUAUAUAUAUAUAUAUAAAUAUAUAAAUAGUUUUGAUUGUGUUGCGUGUUGUGUAUCGUUCGCGCCAUUCGACGUUUGUCGGAAGGGAAGAUAAUAAUCAAAAAAGACGAUUAACGUUAAACGAUAUUUCGUCUAAAGAUUAGAACGAGUCGCGUUUCGAGAGAAGUCGAAAGAGAAGGAAUUUAUUUGAUCGUGACGUAAUCUUGUCUAUAUAUAGAUUUCCCUUGUGCAAAUUCGUAGACUUUCAUAAACGUCCCGAGAAGGCCAAACGUCAUCCAUUCGCGAAUGAAUGUGGUUGUUGUAACGAUUGAUCGAUAAUUAAAGGGGAGUAUAAUAACAAAUAAAAAAUAUAUUUAAAGAUCGGUAAGUGUUUGUGUUUGUGAUAAAUCGCAGUAAAGUGAAGAAGAAAUAGAAAGAAGACAAACCCGAGCGAUAUAAACGAAGAAUUCUGUUCUCUUCCGAUAUUGCAUCAUUCGAAAAGGAACCCUGUUAUUAUCUAAGGUCGAUAAAGCAGGAAUCAUUCGUUUUAAAAUCUGCCGAUCGAGAAAUCCCGACGGCACUAAAGAUAUUCCUAUAACCCGUAAUGUAUUUGAGAUCGCACAAGGGCGCAGCAAAAGGGUGGUACGAGCAAAAAAGAGAGACGGUAGGAGGUGGAGGAGGUGGCAUCUUGACCAGGAGUCGAAGGAACAACAAUAACAGCAACGACGCCAUCGUCGUCGUCGUCAUUGGUGGUGGUGGUGGUUGCGGAUCGAUCAGAGACAGGAGGAGGCAAGAUAGGCCGAGUCAAAAGGAUUAUUCUCAGGAUACCUGCUGUUAUUCGGAUCUCGAGCUAGUUAAGCUUAUUCUAUUUCGGUCAAGGUUACUCGGAGGAAGUAACACUUGUAAGAGGAACAAAGUUUCGAGGCUGGUGUGCCUUGAGCGCGGUAUGAGCGAGGGUGAACGCUCGGUAACAACGCCGCGAAUCGGCUGGCGAAAGCUCACCGAUCCCGGAGACUGACACGAAUCCAGAAAUUUGCCGGUAGAUCCGAAGCGAUAGCAUCGGCUACCGCUUGCUGCUCCUCGGCUUCCAUAUUCUCCUGCCGUUCUCUCAGCUAAAAGCUCCGAUAGUACGCAUUCCUUACUCUUUCCUAAGAUCAAUGUCACCCAACAAAUGGUAGAAAACGGUCCACCUAGAAGAGCCUCGAGAACCUCCAAGAGAGAUCCGAAAAUGGCGGGUAAUCGGUGUCGGUAGCAGACGGGGUUAUCAUUUAGCCCACGACCGAAGAAGGAACGAGAAAAAGGAAAAAAUAGAAGAGGAUUUUUGCGUCCUAAUCGCCACCGAGCCAUCGCCUCGCAACCUUCCUCCUGUAGUCCUUUCGUCAACUAUCUCCAGUGUCCUUGGUUCUUUUCAAAUGAAUAGAUGAACUUACAGUAAAAAGAGAACCUGACUAAACUGAUAGUAGAAAGUAUCGUAAGAAACGAGAAAGAAAGACACGAGGGGGAAUCGCGAUUAGAUUUGUACCAUCGACUAAGCUCUCCCUUCUCUGAUCCAACCUCCCUCGAUUCAACAAAACCCUCUCCUUUCUUUCUCCCCCUACACACCUUCAAUGGACAAUAAUAAUCCAUAAGAAGUAAAUAUUAGUGGUAAUAUGUACUAGUGGUAGUAGUAGUAGUCAAUCGGGAAGAAGGACAAGAAUAUAAAUAGUCGAAGAGGAGAAGGCGCCCUCGUGAAGACGCGAAGAAAUCUUUGCAAUAAUCACGAUUGCCCUCUGCUCGUCUGCUUCCUUGGGAAGAGAGAGAGAUAGGGAUAAUAGGAAAUAGAAGAAAUAGUUUUAUUUUCUUAUCCCACGUGAUCGAUCGAUCGACCGAUCGUCACCAUCGUUAUCAUUAUGCCGCCGACACCUAACAAAUUGAAUCUGAGCUUCGCCAGAAACGCUUACAGCGUUUUCGGAACUCGUACUACCGACACGACCACGGAACAACAACGCGAACAAAAAACGGAACUUCUAGAGGGUAAGAAUGGUACAAGAGGCAACGGUCUCCUUCAUCUUAAAAAUGGCGUGGAUUACAUCAAUCCUGGCGAAGAAGAUCAGAUGGAAAUUUAUGGUUACAAGAGAAAUCAUACUUGGACUGUAAUCACCUGGUUCUUCAUCUUCCUUACCUGCGGUCUUUUGCGAUUGAUUUUCCAUUGGAUACCACGUCUUAUGUUGCAAGCUACUCAUUCCAAAUGUCCUUUGGAUGAGGCUGAUACUGUUCUAUUGGUAGAAAAGUUUCAAGAAAAGCAUACCAUUUAUUAUGUGAAAAAAUUAAAGACCUUAGCAGCUCGCGAUGUUAUGAAUAAACCAUUCGAUGGAGAAUCAUUAAUGGAUAAUGAGCCGUGGAUGGAUAACGGAAGCAUGAUAACUAUCAAAGCAGAAAAGGAAGAAAUUCCAACGUUGUCUUUGCAUUUAGUUGGCGGACAUUUUAAACAGGUCCAAUCGAUCGUCAUUUUUAAUUGCAAAAAGUUAACAUACGUGUGGGAUACAGAAAGAUCUGAAUUCUUAAAGUUACGCGGACUUGACAUUGGUGUCGUAAAUUCUUCACUACACCAAAUGCAAGGUUUAAGUGCUCAAGAACAAUACAUGAGGCGUUGUGUUUAUGGAAACAAUGAAAUUGUUAUACCAGUAAAAAGUAUAAUAACAUUAUUAUGCCUCGAAAUACUCAAUCCAUUUUACGUCUUCCAAUUAUUCAGCUUCGGCUUGUGGGUAGCAGACGAUUAUUAUUAUUAUGCAAUGGUUAUUUUAUUAAUGUCCAGCAUCGGUAUCAUAAUGGCGGUUAACCAGUCUCGUCGAAAUCAAGAUAAUUUACGAUCUUCGGUGCACGCGGUUUCGUCUGAAUUGGCAACCGUUAUAAGAGAUCGUUCGACUGGACAAACUGCAAGUAUACCGGCGGAACGUUUAGUUCCUGGAGAUAUUUUAGUUAUUCCACCUCACGGUUGUACGAUGACCUGUGACGCUGUGCUUUUAACCGGAAAUUGUAUUUUGAACGAGUCUAUGUUAACCGGAGAGUCAGUUCCAGUAACAAAAACGCCCAUUCCUUCUUCCAACGAAAUUGUCUACGAUACAAAAGAACACGCUAGACAUACUCUUUAUUGUGGCACGAAGAUUAUUCAGACGAGAUAUUUUGGAUCGGAAAAGGUACUCGCAGUUGUCAUCAGGACAGGCUUUAGCACUAGCAAAGGAGGAUUGGUACGAUCGAUCAUGUAUCCACCACCUGUUGAUUUCAAAUUCGAACAAGAUUCUUAUAAAUUCGUUGUAUUAUUAGCCGGGAUAGCCAGCAUGGGUGUAAUCUAUACGGUAGUAACGAAAAUUAUGCGGGGUGUUCUGAUGAAACACAUUAUCUUGGAAGCUCUGGAUCUAAUUACUAUCGUAGUACCACCUGCUUUACCAGCAGCCAUGACGGUUGGUCGAUUUGUUGCUCAAAAAAGAUUAGAAACGAGCAAGAUAUAUUGUACGAGUCCAAGAACCAUAAACGUUUCCGGUUCGAUCGAUUGCAUUUGUUUCGACAAAACUGGAACUUUAACUGAAGAUGGUCUCGAUAUGUGGGGUGUUGUACCAGCUUCGGAAACAAAAUUCCAAUUUCCUGUAAAGGAUAUAACGACUUUGCCAUUAAGCGAUUUGCUAAUAGGAAUGGUUACGUGUCAUGGAAUCACUAUAAUUGAUAAUCAGUUGGUAGGCGAUCCACUUGAUUUAAAAAUGUUCGAAUCUACUGGUUGGACUCUGGAAGAACCUGACGUAUCGGAUACUUCCAAAUUUUCUAUGCUCUUCCCUACGAUAGUUCGACCUCCUAGGGGUUCCAAAAUCUCGAAGAAAGGAACAAAUGAUGUAUCGAUCGAUAUGAGCCGACAGAAUUCCAUGACUUCUGACGUGGUCGAUAGCAUCUCUUUAAGCAACUUAGACCCUGCUUUGACUGGUGGUUCAACAGCCGAUCUAGGUGAACAAGGUGUAGAAAUUGGUAUCGUUCGGCAAUUUCCUUUCACGUCUAGUCUUCAAAGGAUGAGCGUUAUCACCAGAACAUUAGGAGCUAAUCACUUUGAUUUUUAUUGCAAAGGAAGUCCUGAAAUGAUUCUCAGCUUAUCCAAACCAGAAUCCAUACCGCCCGAUUUUGCGAACGUUCUUCAAGAAUAUACAGCAGAAGGUUAUCGCGUAAUAGCCAUAGCGCAUAAAUCAUUAAACCGUCUUCCUUAUGCCAAAGUACAACGGAUGAGUCGUGAAUCUGCCGAAAUCGACUUAAAUUUCUUGGCAUUCGUAGUAAUGGAAAAUCGUUUGAAGCCCGAAACUAAUCCUGUGAUCGCAACUUUAAACGCUGCUUGCCUCAAGACUGUCAUGGUGACAGGAGAUAACAUGUUGACUGCAUUAUCAGUAGCCAGAGAUUGUGACAUUGUUAAACAAGGAGCAACCGUCAUCGUAGUGGCAGCAAUUACGCAACAGAAUCAAACCAAACCACAGAUUUAUUUCACUAAAAGUAAUAGUCAAGCUUCGCCAAUUUCACCUACAGGUCAAGGUGAUUUUAGUGAAAUGACAGAUUACAAUAGCGUGGUCAGUUUGGAAACUGUGGAAAGUGGAUCCUUUGGAAAUAACGUUUUAGAAAACGAUGCUAAUUAUCUAUCAGAUAAUUUGCAACGCACGCGAAAUAAUUAUAUUUUCGCUCUGACUGGGAAAACGUGGGCAUUGGUGAAACAAUACUAUCCUGAACUGAUUCCGAAAUUGGCUACUAGAGGUGUUGUUUUUGCUAGAAUGUCACCGGAUCAGAAACAGCAGCUGGUUCAAGAAUUACAAGCUCUUGGAUAUUACGUUGCUAUGGUGGGCGAUGGUGCAAACGAUUGCGGAGCAUUGAAAGCAGCUCACACAGGAAUUUCUUUGUCGGAUACCGAAUCUUCCGUAGCGUCGCCAUUUACCAGUCGCGAAACUAAUAUUUCUGCUAUCCUUGCGGUAAUACGAGAAGGCCGUGCCGCUUUGGUAACAUCUUUCGGCAAUUUCAAAUACAUGGCCGCGUAUUCGCUUACACAAUUUAUCUCCGUGAUGAUUCUUUAUAGCAUCGAAUCUAAUUUGACCGACAUUGAAUUUCUUUACAUCGAUCUGUUCAUUAUUUCAAUAUUUGCUGUCUUCUUUAGCCGAACGAAAGCCUAUGAUGGUCAAUUGGUAAAAACAACUCCUUUGAAUAGUCUCAUCAGUGUAACACCGAUUCUUAGUUUGUUAACACAAAUCUUGAUCGUAGCCAUUUUCCAAUUUGCAAGUUUUUGGCAUCUAAAACAAAUGAAUUGGUACAAACCUUUUAAUUUUACGAGUCAAUCGGCCGAAGAUAAGGACAACGUUAAAUGUUUUGAAAAUUACACCAUAUUUACCAUUAGCUCGAUACAGUACAUCAUUCUAGCCGUAGUUUUUUCAAAAGGUCCCCCGUACAGAAAGUCAAUGUUCACUAAUUACGGUCUUUUGGCUUCUUUCGUUUUACUAACUCUUUUUUCCGUCUAUCUCGCUCUGUUCCCGUUUCAAUGGUUAGCCAAUGCGUUCGAGCUCGAACUUCCCAAUGACAUGAGCUUCCGUUUCAUUCUGGUAGGUUAUGGAGUCGCCAAUUUCAUAAUCUCUUUGAUGGUGGAAUACUUAUUCGUUGAUUAUUUGGUAUUCAGUAAAUUACGUUAUCUUUGGCACAAUAUCGACAAAUCUAGACGAAAAUAUUUAGCGAUUGAUCGCGAUUUAGCGAGAGAUUUGAAAUGGCCGCCUAUAUCGCAAGAACCAUUACCAGAAGCAGCACCGGACAUUCUCAUUCGUCAAAACGUAACCGAGAUCAAAAUUGAGAAACGGGCUCCCGAACCUUGCCGACAAACCGACACGAACUUCAUGAACAGUCCGAUCUGUAAUAACAUUAAACCUUUCGGUUCUGCCAGAGAAGUUACUUUGAAUCCUAGAUCUCUCUUCAACGAUCGUAGGAAUACCGUGUCAAUGCAAACCGUACCGUGCUUUGAGGGAAAGGAAUCAAUCAAACAAUCGAAAAUAGAACUGAUGACCAAGAGAAGACACAAUUCUGAAUCAGAAAAUGGUAUAAAUCAAUAUGACAAGUCGUUUAAAACUCACAACACUAAUCCUAUCGCAACUUUACCAAGAAAUCCUACGACGACUUUGCAACCGCAAAGAUUAAGAGACUUCAAAGAAAUUCUUGUUCACAAGAGCGAGGACGGUUUGGCACCCAGUACACACAGCGUCCUCGAACUCGAUAUUUUACCAUCCUGAGAAUUAGUUCGUUCGAACGAUCGAUUAUUAAUGAUCGAUGACACCAACCAGAAACAUUUUCUAUCUGGAUCGGUCGAUUAUAAUUAUUGUUACAUAUUAUUGAAAUAUUUUAUCGUCGAUGGAAAUCAAUUAAUUUUAUUUGUCAUUCCCUUCGGAAUAUCCUUAAUCUUUCGAGGAUCGCAUCUUAGCUGACGAAUUUUGAUCAUAACCGUGGUGUUUUCCCUAUCGAUCGUUAUUUUUAACAUGUCGAACGCUUCCGUUCGAAGUAUUAUUCAUCAAUGGACAAAAAGAUGGUGCUUUCUUCUUCACGCAUUCGGCAGAAUGUACUUCAAUGUCCCUACAUGAGAAACUUAUUUUUACGUGUGUUCACUAACUUGGUAAUUUUUAAUUAAUAUAUAUAUAUAUGUUUAGAUACGAGUAUCGUCGAAUGGUAUCACCCCCAUAUGGGUCGAUCAAUCGUGCAAGCGAGCCUUUGUAUGAACGAUCAUUAUUUUCGACUUUAAAAUAAUCGGAAUUUUAAUUUCUAAUAUUGUUUUCUUCUUUUUUUACCUAAUUUAAUUUCUGAAUCUAAUUUGUUUGUAAAGAUCGAGGCGCAUCGAUCGAUGAUAGAUAGGAACAAUCUCUUAGCGUUCUUCAAAAAUAUUUAAUGCGUUUUUCUACGCUGUGUGUGUGUGUGUGUGUGUUUGGCAUUAUUUAGGAUUUUAAAGUAAAGGCAUUUAGGAAAAAACGUGCGGUUUCUACGACAGCUUGUAAACGACGAUAAAUCAUAUUUUUAAGAAUACUUUAGUAUGCUCAUUUAAGAAAGAAAAAGAAGUAAUUUAAGUUAAAUGGGUCUCGAUAUUGAGCGAAAAAAAAUGGGGUUCCUUUUGACCCGACUUCUCUCUCUCUCUCUCUCUCUCUCUCUUCGCGUCCUCCUUUCCCUAACUACUAGUAUUAAAAUCGUAGCUAUUUCAAGAGAAAGUAUUAAUAUCGUUAUUUAUUUAAAAAAUAACAAAUGAAAAGGAAGAAGAAGAAGAAGAAAAGGAAAGAAAUUUCGGCUCAUCCACGAAGCGCGACAAAAAUAAACUAGCGAUUAGGAAGUUUUCGUUUCGUACGUGAAAAUUGUUAGCAUGAUUAGAAUAUCGAAUUCAUAUAUACAUGUACUUAUAACUGGGAAAGAAGAAAGAAACAAAGUAAAGUUAAGGAAAAAUGUUCAAUGAAUUUGUCACUUGUAAAUCUUUCUUCUAAUUUUUAGUCACGAACUUCUGGAUGAGUGUAAUCUUCUAUGUGUAAUCUAAUAUUAGACAAAAAUUGAUUUCGUAUGUAAUUAUUAGCUAGACCUUGAAUUUAGGAUCAAAUACCAGUUAAAAAUCUUUCGUGAUCAGUAUGAUACACGUUUUAUCAACAAUUAUGCAUUUAUUUCGAGAUUCAACGUUAAGAUUUUGUCCAUCCAUUAAACAGCGUUGAUAAUGAUUUUGAAUAUCACGAGAAUUUAUAACUGGUAUCGUUUAUCCUUAACGUAUUAUAAUAGGUGAUAAUGAUAAAACAUGAUGAAUCUUGUGCUUAAAAGAAAAAGAAAAAGAAAAAACAAAUCAACGGAAUUGACGACAAGCAAAUAACGAAUAAUUCGCAAUGUUGUCGCAAUGCACUUAACGUUAACGCGAUCAAGAUAAUAAAUACGUGUACUUAUUCUAUGAAUGCAUAUAGAGAUACUUAAAAACAAAAUGCGUUAAACUAUUUGCAACGCUAUAGCUUGUGUUGAAAAAGAAAUAAUGAAUGUCAAAAAUAAGGAAUGAUAUGUUUUUAA